CGGCGACCGAAGAGCAACUUCCUCUAGAGGGAGCUGAUUGGAACCGGCAACAGCCAGCACCUCUAUGAUUGCCGAAGCUUCUUGGGUCUCCAGGGCCGUGCUGGGAUGAGCCGAGGCUGUGUCCAGACACCAGGAAUUCACUGACACGUGUUCCGAGAAGCUGGGCCUGGGAACCUACCCCUGGAGCAGCCCCUCGGGAUCUCCAGCCUCGGUCCCGCUGAGCCAUCCCUGGCCUAGGCCAGGGUCUGGGCAGACUAACACUGCUGUCCCCUGAGACCUGAAAAAUGGCUUCUGGGCAAGGACCAGGCCCUCCCGGGCAGGGGUGUGAAGAGCCUGCCCCGUCUUCCACUUCAGGGAAAAUAUUGCUACGACUUUGGGAAGGAAGUAAGAUGGCUGCCGUUCCUUCUUCCAAGGGGACCAUCAGAGAAGCCUGCACCUUGCAGUCACAGGCUGUUCCCUGGACUUUGGGUUCAGUCCCAGAGGAGCAGGUAGUCCGGGACACAGAGGAGGUUUUCCACAACUACGUUUUUUACCGCCAUCAGCAGGAGCAGGAGGCUGAGGGGGCGGCUGCCCCUGCUGACCCCGAGAUGGUCACCUUGCCCCUAGAACCUGCCAGCAUAAUGGGGCAGGUGGGUCGGCAGCUGGCCAUCAUCGGGGACGCCAUCAACCAGCGCUAUGAUGAGGAGUUCCAGACCAUGCUGCAUCGCCUGCAGCCAACUGCAGAGAACGCCUAUGAGUAUUUCACCAAGAUCGCCUCCAGCCUGUUUGAGAGUGGCAUCAACUGGGGCCGAGUGGUGGCUCUCUUGGGCUUUGGCUACCGCCUGGCCUUAUAUGUCUACCAGCGUGGACUGACUGGCUUCCUGGGCCAGGUGACCCGCUUCGUGGUCGACUUCAUGCGGCAUCACUGCAUUGCCCGGUGGAUCGCGCAACGGGGAGGCUGGGUGGCAGCCCUGGACUUGGCCAACGGCCCUAUCAGGAACGUGCUGGUUGUUCUGGCUGUGGUUCUGUUGGGCCAGUUUGUGGUACGAAGAUUCUUCAAGUCAUGACCCCAGGAGGGGCUCUUUGGGGUCCCAGUCGAGACCCCUGCCUGGACUUCAGCUAAGCCUUCUUCCCUUACCACCUCCCCUGCAGGGGUCCUCCCCUCAAGAAUACAGAAGCUUUAGCAAGUGGGCACUCCAGCUUUGAAGUGUCCCUGCUCAGGGGUCAGUCAGGCCUCAGGGGUACCCCAACAUUUCAUGGUGCUAAUGGGCCCCAUCUCUGGGCUCAGCUCUGUCUGCUGGGCUUUGGGGAGGUUGAUAACUUAGGGAAGCAAGAAGCUGGGAGGCACUUUCCCCCCGGGAAGUCCUUAAUGAUUUUAGCUUUUUAUAAUACCCUUAGAAAGACACCUCCCCCACCCCAUUUCUACCACUCUGCUCCAGGCCAGGACAUCUGGGGUGCAGGGGGUUAGUGGGCCUGCCCUGUGUUGCCCAGGAACACAUUUGGCUGUUCUGGGAGAUCAGAGCUUUAAAGCUGGGCCUGGAGCCCAAUCCUGACCCUUCCAAAGCAUCAUGUUCCCCAAGAACAGGACUAGCUGGGGUUGGGGAACAGGACCUGCUCAACUGUCCCCCCAUCCCAUACUGCCUUGGCAGUUGGACUCUCAGGGAUUUAGGGUCUGAGGUGUGGAGUGAGGGUGCAGACCGGAGCUGUCUGAAUUUAUCCAUCAGGUGCCUCCAAAUCUGCCUCCUAAGGUGCUUGGUUCUCUCCCUUCCCCUCACCACCGGUUCCCGAUGCUGUCAUUACUAGUGAAGGCUGCCUGUCCCAUCACUCCAUAUAAAAAGGGCAGAGGCCUUGGCAGAGUGGAGUGCUGAGGACCCCACCUUGCACAGACUCCAGGGUUUAGGGCUAUGGUUUGUUACUGUCAGGGAAGGGCUAGUGAGCUCAUCUUGAGGUUUCUGAGUGAGAGAAGGGCUGUUAACAUCACCAGGAACCCCAAGGUUGGAAUCCUCCCUCAUGGGUUGGGCACAGUGUAAUCUGGGGGUGUGCAGGGGAAACUGUGAAUACUUGACCUCUAUCCCCAGACCCCCAUCCCCUAUACUUAUGGCCUAAGCCCUUCCUGUGGGUAGGGAGUAGAGUAACUUGUCUACCUUGUACAGCCCAGGGAAUUGGGAAGAGAAGUUGUUGAUUAAGCCAAAUGCAGGGAGCCCACUGGCCACCCCCACCCUUUGAGAGUGAAAAUAAACUGCCGUCCCCCCAUUCCUACUGGUAAUUUUU